AUGAACCACAAAACAACCAAGACCAAUUUCAUGACUAAUAUGACCUCCACCGAAUCUGCAAGCCCAAUCACAGAGCUAGCGCUCUUUCACCUGAAACCAUCAACUGACCGAGCAACCAUUCGAAGGGAACUAUCGUCAGCCGCAAAGGCCCAGGCCUCUUACUCCAAGUACCCGACCUACCUGUUCGCCCAGAUCGAAGACCCAUCAUACAUCUACCUCCUCGGAGGCUGGAGUUCUGUGUCGGCUCACAUGGACGAUUGGAUCCCCAGCUCCACUAACCAGUCCUUACUUGCCUCUCUCAAGGAGAAGUUAGAUCUUGUGUACUUGAUUCAUAUCGAACUUGAUCCUGCUGAGCUCGGUGUGUUCGGUUCGCCUGUCGGAGGAUCAGGAGAGGUGCCAAUAGUUGAUGCCCCCGUGAUGGCUAUCGGGCGCUACUUCCUGAAGACUGGUCAGAAGGAAGCGUUCUUGAACAGGCUUGGAGAAGCGAAGAAGCACUUGGAGGCGUAUAUUGCUCCGAGGGUGUUGAAGGGUGGAAUUCGGGUGGAACCCAAGGAUAAAACGGACGAUGGUGUGGAGAAAGAGGAGUUCGUGCUCUUUAGUGGUUGGGGGGAGGUGCAGGAUCAUUUCCAAUUUGCAGAGCCCGAUGGGAUCAAGGGGUUUAGUCAGAUAGAGGACAUCUUGGAAGGGGAGGAGAUCAUGCAUGUAUCUGUUUGGGACUGA